UUUUUACAAGAAAGUUUGCUUUAUUGCAUGUACACACCACCACUUAAGCCCCUUUUUAUUUUUCUCCUCAUCUCUCUCCGCAUAAGAUUCUCUCUGCCCCCGUUUGAUUCGCUUUGCUGACUCAACACAUCUUGUCGUCGCCUCUUCUGCUGUUGUACAGUACAAUACGUUUUUGUUUCUUCCUCCUCUCUCCCGUAACACACAACACAAGCACCGCUCCUUCUCUCUCUCUCACUCUUUAAUUAGCAUUCUGCAGGUUCUAAAAUCUAAAAUCUGCAACCUUUUUAAGCUUGGGACAAUGGGUGCAUCAAAUUCCAGAAUAGAUGAAGAUAAAGCCUUACAGUUAUGCCGUGAAAGGAAGAAGUUUGUGCAGCAAGCACUUGAUGGAAGAUGUUUGUUAGCCGCUGCUCACGUUUCAUACGUCCAGUCUCUCAGGAGUACCGGAACUGCCUUGAGGAGAUUUGCUGAGAUCCAAGUUCCCGUUGAGUCUUCCUCUCUUUACAACACUAGUGCAACACCAGAACAAGCUCUUGCCUUAACCGAGACCUCCUAUUCUCCUCCUCCUCCUAGUGCCAGUCCAUUCCAGGUCAAUCACAUGAAGUUCAGAGGGUUUUCUCCAAAAAAGGUGGUAGAGAAACCACCGGUUACGGUUGUCGCCACUGUCAUCUCACCAUCGUCUAGUGUCCCACAGACUAGGUCUAUGGAGAAGAUGGAAUCAACCCCAUUUGAAGAAUCUUCUUCUUCUUCCAUGCCAUCUGAGACGCCUCCUUGGGAUUAUUUUGGUCUUUCCCAUCCAAUCGACAACCAGUUUUCUUCUUCUCCUCCUCACGCUGGGAAUGGUCAUCAUGUGACGAGUUCUGUUAAGGGAGAAACUACAGAGGUGGAGGAGGAGGAGGAAGAUGGUGACAACUUUUCUUUUCAAGAGAGGGAAGAAGAGUCCAACGGUUCUGACGAUGAGUUUGAUGAGCCAACGAGUGAUACACUCGUUAGAAGUUUUGAAAACUUCAAUAGAGUGCGUCGUGAGCCUCCUCAAAGAGAGGAGGAGGGAGUGGAAAGCGAGUUCUCAGACGACGCUGAGAGAAGCAAAACUCCUGAGCUAUCGCCACCAGUGACGCCUUUAGCAGCUGCUGCUACUACUCCAGUACUGAACAAAACACCGAACCACCACACCGAGAACAGGCUUCCUCUUCCUCCCUCCAGGGACUUCUUGUCAAGCAUGAAAGAGGUAGAGAUGCUCUUUGUUAAAGCUUCUGAGACUGGGAAAGAGGUUCCUAGGAUGCUUGAAGCCAAUAAAUUGCAUUUCCGUCCAAUACCUCCAUCAAAACAAAGUGGCUCCGGUGCAUCAUCACCUCAAACUUGUCUCUCUUGUGGGGAAGACCCCAAAGAUGUACCAGAAGAGGCUGCUCCAAACACGAUGAAAUACUUGACCUGGCAUAGGACUGAAUCUUCUCGAUCCACAUCUUCAAUGAAUCCUCUGGGGGGAAUGAAUUCUGAUGACGUGGAAGAGCUUAAUAGCAGUCUCUUUGAAAACAUUGGCGUGAUCGCUGGAAGCCAUGCCUCAACUCUAGACAGACUGUAUGCAUGGGAGCGGAAGCUCUAUGAUGAAGUGAAGGGGAGUCAGGCAGUGCGGAGAGAGUAUGACGACAAGUGCAAAAUCUUGAGGGAACUUGAAUCAGAAGGUAAAGGCUCACAGAGAAUAGACAAGACACGUUCAGUUGUCAAGGACCUUCACUCCAGAAUCAGAGUGGCGAUUCAUAGGAUCGACUCAAUAUCAAGACGGAUUGAAGAGCUUCGUGACAACGAGCUCCAGCCUCAACUUGAGGAACUCAUCCAAGGGUUGAGUCGAAUGUGGGAAGUGAUGUUUGAAUGCCACAAAGCUCAGUUCCAGUUGAUCUCAGCGUGUCACAGAAGGGGAAACAUUAAACUCAACAUGCACUCGGAGUUGCACAGACAAGUGACAUCUCACCUCGAAGACGAACUCAGCGCGUUGGCCUCGAGCUUAACCAAGUGGAUCACAGGCCAGAGAUCAUACAUCAAAGCCAUACACGAGUGGCUGGAAAAAUGCGUCGUCUUACCACGACCGUCUAAGCGUAAGAGGCGUGCGCACCAGCAACCAGUUCUCAGAAACCUCGGCCCUCCCAUCUACGCGACGUGUUCAAUCUGGCUCGAGAAGCUCGAAGCCUUACCUGCGAAAGAGGUUUCAAGCUCCAUCAAAGCACUGGCUUCUGACGUCGCCAGGUUCUUGCCACGUCAGGAGAAGAAGAAUCAUCGCAGCAAGAAACAUGGACCUGGUGAGAACCAAAACGACCAGCAAGAGGAGACGUUGGAAGAUUGUGGUCCGGGGUUUGAUCGGUUUAGGACUAGUUUGGAAGGAUUUGCUGGCCAGCUCAAACAGUUUUCAGAAUCAUCAGUGGAAAUGUAUGAGGAACUCAAACAGAGAAUCCAAGAAGCCAAGAUCAAUUACGAGCAGUUGAAGAAGGCUUAUUCCCAGGGUAACUGAUAUAAUACAUAUUUUGUUUCUUUUCUUGGAAUAAUGGAGUUUUUGCUGAGGUCAAAAUUUUGGAAGGAAGUUGGGUUUGGCAUUUGUAAAUGUUAAAAGACUAAAAGAGAUAAUAUAUAAGAAGAUUUGCUUCAA